UCCACUCAGUACGCAUGCGCCAGGCUGUUCUUCUCACCCGCCCCUUCGCUCCGUGCUGUUCCCUCCACUCCCCGCCCCUUUCCCGCCCGGAUAUCAGCCUAGUUUUGGCGGAUGUUGUUGUGAAUCCCAGAGACACGUGAGGCGCUGCUACGUCAUCACAGGCACGCGAAGGAAACAUGGCGGCGGAGAGUGUUGUGAGCGGGAAGAUUAUAUAUGAACAGGAAGGGGUCUAUAUUCACUCAUCUUGUGGAAAGACCAAUGACCAAGACAGCUUGAUUUCAGGAAUAUUACGUGUGUUAGAAAAGGAUGCUGAAGUAAUAGUGGACUGGAGACCAUUGGAUGAUGCUUUAGAUUCUUCUAGUAUUCUCUAUGCUGGAAAGGACUCCAGUUCAGUUGUAGAGUGGACGCAGGCCCCAAAGGAAAGAGGUCAUCGGGGAUCGGAACAUCUGAACAAUUAUGAAGCAGAGUGGGACAUGGUCAAUACAGUUCCGUCUAAAAAGAAGCCACAUACCAAUGGAGAUGCUCCAAGUCAUAGAAAUGGGAAAAGCAAAUGGUCAUUCCUGUUCAGUUUGACAGACCUGAAAUCAAUCAAGCAAAACAGAGAGGGUAUGGGCUGGUCCUAUUUGGUAUUCUGUCUAAAGGAUGACGUCGUUCUCCCUGCUCUGCACUUUCAUCAAGGAGAUAGCAAACUACUGAUUGACUCUCUUGAAAAAUAUGUGGUAUUGUGUGAAUCUCCACAGGAUAAAAGAACACUUCUUGUGAAUUGUCAGAAUAAGAGUCUUUCACAGUCUUUUGAAAAUCUUCUUGAUGAACCUGCAUAUGGUUUAAUACAAAAAAUUAAAAAGGAUCCUUAUACAGCAACUAUGGUAGGAUUUUCCAAAGUCACAAACUACAUUUUUGAUAGUUUGAGAGGCAGUGAUCCCUCUACACAUCAACGACCGCCUUCAGAAAUGGCAGAUUUUCUUAGUGAUGCUAUUCCAGGUUUAAAGAUAAAUCAACAAGAAGAACCAGGAUUUGAAGUCAUCACAAGAAUUGAUUUGGGAGAACGACCUAUUGUUCAAAGGAGAGAGCCAGUAUCACUGGAAGAAUGGACUAAGAACAUUGAUUCUGAAGGAAGAAUUUUAAAUGUAGAUAAUAUGAAGCAGAUGAUAUUUAGAGGGGGACUUAGUCAUGUGUUGAGAAAGCAAGCAUGGAAAUUUCUUUUGGGUUAUUUUCCUUGGGACAGUACCAAGGAGGAAAGAACUCAAUUACAAAAACAAAAAACUGACGAAUACUUCAGGAUGAAACUACAGUGGAAAUCUGUCAGCGAAGAACAAGAGAAGAGAAAUUCGAGGUUAAGAGAUUAUAGAAGUCUUAUCGAAAAAGAUGUUAACAGAACAGAUCGAACAAACAAGUUUUAUGAAGGCCAAGAUAAUCCAGGGUUGAUUUUGCUUCAUGAUAUUUUGAUGACCUAUUGUAUGUAUGAUUUUGACUUAGGGUAUGUUCAGGGAAUGAGUGACUUACUUUCCCCUCUUUUAUAUGUGAUGGAAAAUGAAGUGGAUGCCUUUUGGUGCUUUGCCUCCUAUAUGGACCAAAUGCAUCAAAAUUUUGAAGAACAAAUGCAAGGUAUGAAGACCCAGCUAAUUCAACUAAGUACCUUACUUCGAUUGUUGGAUAGUGGAUUUUGCAGUUACUUAGAAUCUCAGGACUCUGGAUACCUUUAUUUUUGCUUCAGAUGGCUUUUAAUUAGAUUUAAAAGGGAAUUUAGUUUUCUAGAUAUUCUUCGAUUAUGGGAGGUAAUGUGGACUGAACUGCCAUGUAAAAAUUUCCAUCUUCUUCUCUGUUGUGCUAUUCUGGAAUCAGAAAAGCAGCAAAUAAUGGAAAAGCAUUAUGGCUUUAAUGAAAUACUAAAGCAUAUCAAUGAAUUGUCCAUGAAAAUUGAUGUGGAAGAUGUACUAUGCAAGGCAGAAGCAAUUUCUCUACAGAUGGUAAAAUGCAAGGAAUUGCCACAAGCAGUUUGUGAGAUCCUGGGACUUCAGGACAGUGAAGUUACAACACCAGAUUCAGACACGGGUGAAGAUGAAAAUGUUGGCAUGACUAGUUGUCCUACAUCUACAUUUCAGAGUGACUCCUUGCCUGUACUUGCUACCAGUGGAGCCAGAGAUGACGACCCAACACAGAUAUCAGUGUCCCCAAAUGUUAGCAGAUUAACACCUGCAUGAUCAUUCUUCUUGCUUAAUUUUUGAAGAGACACUUUGUUGCAACCUUUUUCAAGUACUUGAAAGGUGGAAAUUUAAAAUCUUGGUAUUGAUCAUGCUUUAAGGUUUAUGGAAAGAAAGUGUACUGAUGUUCUUGCAUUAAAGCUUUACAAAGAUUUAAACUAAUUAUUUUUGUAGUUACUUCUACCAAAUAGCCUUUCCUUUUCAAUAACAUUCCUUAGUAUUUUUAUAGCCAAGUACAUUUUAUUUUCUUGCUGAUGAACUGGAAUUGGAUAAAUAUUACAAGUGGAAGAGUUGGAAAUUAUGCACUUUGAAAAACAUUCACUUUGUUUACUCUAAGUUUAGUGGGUUUUGGAUUUGAUUAAAUUAAAUGUUGGGCCUUUCUAUAGCAUGCUAAGCUGAGAAGUAGAUUGUGUUACCCAAGUGAUGAGAUAAAAAAAUUUGUUUUUCUCUAUUGUUUACAACAAUACUCAGCUUAAAUAUUUAUGCUGGUUGAAUGUGAUUUAAAUUGGGUAUUUCAUCAAUGCAAUUUAAUGUGUAGAUAAAAAGAGCUAUUUCAACCAUAAUAAGUGGAUUGGCAGUAUAUUUUUUACAUUGAAGUUUUCUUCACUUGUAUAUAAAAACUAUAUAAGUACUUAUUUAUGAGUAUAAGAAAGGAUAGGCAUAUUUUCUUUAACUGAAUAAACUUGACUAUUGAUUUAUAUAACCUGACUUGACAAAAGUAAUACAUAGCUUCAAUAUGAGAUCUUUUUCAAAACUAUUUUCUUAACCAAACAUUUAUUUCAUGGGACUACAUUCAACCCUGUAACUGGUGUAAUUUUAAAAUUAAUUGCUUGUAAUCUCACUUUACUAAUAAUGUGUUUAUUAUCUUUCCUAAUAAUGCAUUAACUGAUUAAUCAGGUCUUUAAAUUUUUAUAAAAUGCUCUUUGCAAAAAGCUUAUGUCAAAAAUUUCAAUAUACUAUCACGAGUCUCAAAGUAAUACUUUUUUGUAUAUGAAUGAAGCUGUUUUUACCAUGCAGUGUUGCAUGAUUUUAAGUUAUGUGGAAUUAACCUAACUGAUUCCGUUUUAAUUGUAAUUUGUUAACUCCUGUACAUAUCAUUAAAAUAAAUUUGAAGUUGAAGUAGUGCUUUCAGUUAAAUUACACUUAGAAAUAGUCUGCUAGUUCUUCAUUGGAAGAAAAAAAUCCAAGAUGGCCCCCAGCACAUUUUCUAUUUUCAUGUGAUUGAAACAAUCAUUGGAAUCGGAGGGGUAGACGAACCAUGAGAGACUAUGGACUCUGAAAAACAAACUGAGGGUUCUAGAGGGGAGGGGAGUGGGAGGAUGGGUUAGCCUGGUGUGGGUAUUGAGGAGGGCACGUUCUGCAUGGAGCACUGGGUGUUAUGCACAAACAAUGAAUCAUGGAACACUACAUCUAAAACUAAUGAUGUAAUGUAUGGGGAUUAACAUAACAAUAAAAAAAUUUAAAAAAAACCAGUCACUGGAAUGAGUUAUGGACAUGAGAAAGAAACAUGACCUUUUAUAACCGAAAACAAAUUUUCAUCAGCACGGACUUGGGCAUAGUGUUGUCUUGGAGGAUAUAAUUGUCUGACUUGGGAAAGCAACUUCUACAAUUGAUGUUAAUAAUGUAAAAUAAAAGCUAUGCAGUUCUGAAAUGGUCCAGGAGAUAGAUUUUUUUUCCCUUCAAAAAACUAGGGAACUAAAUGAACUUUUUUCCUACUUGAGUAUUAACUGACAAUCAUGACAGUAGAACCAUUACAUUUUAGUUUUUAAUAUCACAUGUGUGUUAUCUUUCAUCAGUUAAUAAUGAGUAAGCCUAUUUAGACAAAAAAAGUAAACUGAUCAGACACUCAGCAUCUCCAGCCUUUCAUUUCCUGCUGUUCAGGAAAUUGCUUAGAACAUCUUGAUGUCCUUCUUGUUGUUCCUGGACAGGGGCUUUGGGGGAGUUUUUUUCCCCCCACUAUGUAAUAUCAUAUCUACUUCAGAGUUUAAAAAAUCUUAACACAUUUAGUAACUUGAACUUUUGUCAAGUUUUAUUAUAAAACUACUUGUUAAGACAUACUGAAGAGCCUGAAUUUCUAUCUAGCUUAUUUUUGAUGGGGAAGUAAUACUACAGCAUAGUGCUAGAUAAAGUCCUAACGAGAGUCUACAAGAUCCAGUUAGCAAAUGCUAUAUAAACUUGAGCUAUUGAGAUCGCUAAAAUAGUUCAGGUAAAUUGGUUAGUCUAACUUAAAGAUUUGUUUAUUUCAGUUUUCACAAGAUGUUGUUUGUACCCUGAUAACAUGUAAAAUAUGUGCUAUAUUAUGUGAUAUUUAAUGUUAAAAUUUAAGAAAUUCCUAAUUUAACUGUAAAAAGUAUUUUCAUUUCAUAUAUGAGAGUCUGGGAAGCCUUUUUGCAUUUAAGAACAUCCCUAUUUUGAAUGUCUCAUAUGCGUAGGAUUCUUCAUCUCUUUGUAUGUUAGGAACUUUAGUCUUGGUGAUGACUAGAGCUUUUUUAAGUUAGGAAAAGAGCAUUUUGGGAUACUUAGUUAUUCUUGCUGAACCUGACAUUUCCAAGGAUUUUUAUGGAUGCCGACUAAUUCUUAUGGGAAAUUCAUAUAAUUAUGUCCAUCAUUAAAGGUAGUUUGUAUAAAGUAACCCAAAAUGUUUAUUGAAGAACUUAGAACUUCACCUGACUUGUGUGUCACUGUGUAACCAGGUAACGUCCAUCUAGCUUGGAUUUCUUUACUUUCAGAAGAUGUAUGAGCCUCUUACUAUAUUUGAAGUUUUGUGUACGUAUUUCUGGGGACAGGUUACAUAGUUUCUCUAAUUUUCUCCAAGCAUCCAGGUGGUUCCUGAGCCUCCCUGAAGUUAGAGAACUGCCGUUAUAUAUUGUAUUUCAUAGGGUAACAUUUUGACUUAUGGUCAGGUAGACAAGUCCCUGAGUUUUAAAAAAGUAGUUUCUUGAUUUUCUAAGGUGGAUUUACCCUAUUUGGGCCACCAUUUUUAGUAUAAAGUCUUGACAGUUGUCAUGGCCUAUUUUAUGUAGACUUCCUUCUGCAUUGUACAUUUUGAAGAUAAACUUCCAGUGUUACUUUAUUUCUAAACAUGAAACAGGAUUAAAUUUAAAAUGAAUCUGAAAGGUUUCCAUCAGAAUCUAGUGUCAUUACCUGAUACCAAACAUGUGUACUUAUCUAUACUUUUAAUGUGAAUACACUGCCAUUUGAAUAAUACAAUGUAUGCGGCCUCUUCUCCUCUUGGGUUCUUAUAAUAUGGGGAUUUUAACUUGUAGAUUUUUGAGUAUUGUUCUGAUUACAAAUAUUUUUCUCACUGUCUUGUAAAUAGAGCCCUGUUUUUUAGGUUAUCCAUCUUGCCAUAGGGAAAAACAUUGUGUUGCUCUUAGAGGCAAAGGUGGAUGAGAUAGGGCAAUUAGACUGGACAUACUUCUAUAACUCUUUUUAGAUAUCCAAAACACUUUUAGCCCAUGGAAAAUAUUACACUGUUUACAAAUUCACUGUAAAGAAAAGUUGAUUAUAAUCAGAAUCUCUUUUUCUAACAACUAUCCAGAAUCAGAGAUACCAUAUUUGCCUAAAUUAAGAAUUGGAAUGUUAGAAUAAUAGGGAGCCAGCUAUUAUUCCUUCUCAAAUAUCUGUAUGGUAUAUUGCUUCUUAUAUAUCUAUGUGCGAAAGAAGACAGAAUGACAAGAACAUUCCAAUAAGCUUAGCUGUGAUCAAUGAGCAGUCCAUUUGUGGUUCAGCUUUUUUUAAUUAAGAAGACUUACUAGCCUCAGAGAUGGGCUUUUGCUGUGACAGACACCGCACUAGCCUGAUUGGGGGUAUAAGACCCAAUGGGUUAGUAGACUGCUUUAAAAACACAAAUAGGGCUGUUUGUAGAUUGCUUUAGAUGUUGUAUGGCCUGAUUGCACAAGGGACUAGAAUCUCUUCCAUGAGUGUCACAGGCUCACUUUGUAAAGCAAAUUGCUCUCCACUGGAGAAGCCAUCAAGGUACUUCUGGGUGCUUAGCAAUUACACUGCAUGCUGCUGUCACUGUUGGGCACAACUAUGCAGGAUGCACCCAAAGGAAAUUUGGGCCACAUGCUUUUUGUUUGUUAGCUGAGUCAAGUGUUAAAUGAGCCAAAUGGAGUAUUUGCUGACUAGGAAGUCAUUAGCAGUUAACAGCAUCUAACCCAAAUAGACAAUGUGAAGACCAAAUUGUUAAGUUUUCUGAGUGAAAUUGUUUAAGUACUUUUACUUUUUAUACUCUCAGUAUUAAGACAUGCUAUUAUAAACACAUGGAUGCUCCUAUACCCUCUCCUUCCCAAAAAAAGGAAAAAAUUGGAGGUACAUUCUUUUGCACCUAUCAGGGUGUAAAGAAGUUAAGUCUAAAAACUGAAUUUUGUUAAAUUGCUCAAUUUAAAUUCAACUUCUGAAUAACUUUGGGACAAAUCCAUAUUCUCUUUUUGUUUACAGAGCUUUUAAGGAUUCUAUAUAAAGGCUAAUGGACUUCCCAAAGGAGGGGAAACCCAGUCUUAAUGGUUUUCUCUAGCUUCCUUCACGUCCUGUUACCUGGUUUUCCAAAUUAGCCUUUAAACUUUGUGUUUAGUAUGACUCGUGCCAAAGUUUUACUGACGGGUGAGGAUAGAGGGGAACAGAAUCCUUUCCCUAGACAUUUCAUACCUAAGAAGGGUGACAAAAGAAACCCUAGCUUCAUAAACUACAACUUACAGAAUGGGUGGGUUAGCCUUGGCAUAGGCGCAUCUUAAGAAAUAAUGCCUGAGCUGAUGGCCAGCAGAUUGAAUGCAGGUGAUGGGAUCUUGGGGCCAUCACAGUCUCAGCAGGAUCCUUUCCCUAAUCCUUUGGUCCUAACAGGACUACAGUGGACUCAUACCAGACAUGAGAACCUAGUCCCCUUCUCUUUUUAAAGAACUUGUGGAAAAGGAGAGUUGUUUUUUUAAGUUCAUUUUAUUUUAUUUACUUUUUAAAUCACUUUAUUUCAUCAUGAUGAGUGUACUCUUUAAUCCCCAUCACUUAUUUCCCCCAUCUCCCCUCCACCUCCCUCCUGGUAACCAUCAGUUUGUUCUCUGUAGUUAAGAGUCUGUUUCUUGGUUUGCCUCUCUUUUUUUUAACCUUUGCUCCUUUUUUUUUUUUUCAUUUAAAAAAAUUUAAAUUCAAUUAACAUAUAAUGUAUUAUUGGUUUCAGAGGUAGAGGUCAGUGAUUCAUCUGUCUUCUGUAAAACCCAGUGCUCAUUACAUCACAUGCCCUCCUUAAUGUCCAUCACCCAGUGACCCCAUCCUCCCCAGCUCCCUCCCCUCCAGCAACCCUCAGUUUGUUUCCUAAGAUUAAGAGUCUCUUAUGGUUUGUCUCCCUCUCUGGUUUCAUCUUGUUUUAUUUUUUCCUCUCUUCCCCUAUGAUCCUCUGUUUUGUUUCUUAAAUUCCGCAUAUGAGUGAGAUCAUAUGAUAAUUGUCUUUCUCUGAUUGACUUAUUUCACUCAGCAUAAUACCCUCUAGUUCCAUCCACGUUGUUGCAAAUGGCAAGAUUUCAUUUUUUUGAUGGCUGACUAGUAUUCCAUUUUGUUUUGUUUCUUAAAUUCCACAUACGAGUGAGAUCAUAUGGUAUUUGUCUUUCUCUGACUUACUUUGCUUAGCAUUAUACUCUAGCUCCAUCCAUGUUGUUGCAAAUGAGAGAGAGAGACAGAGAGCAAGCGAGUGCAAAGCAGACUCCCCGAAGAGUGGGAAGCUGGAUGCCGGGCAGGAUCCCAGGAUGAUGAAAUCAUAACCUGAGCCAAAAUCAAGAGUUGGACGUGCUUAACUGACUGAGCCACCCAGGCGCCCCUAUACCAUAUCAUCUUAUUCAUUCAUCAGUUGAUGGACACUUGGGCUGCUUCCAUAUUUUGGCUAUUGUAAAUAAUGCUGCAAUAAAUGUAGGGGUGCAUGUAUCCUUUUAAA